AUGCCUCCGACCCCGCUACUCCCCUCGGACCGUUGCCCAUCAUCGCUGUUACCGCCUCUGGAUGAGUCGUCUCCGAUUGACGACGCGUGGAUCUUCAUCGUCGAUGAGUCGGAAAGUGGUGGAGCGUCGUCACCGAACUCGGCUGCACCGACGCAAGCGCCGUUGAUCGAGCCUUCGUCUGGCCCUUCCCGUACUGGGCCGAAGACGAGGUCGACCGAUCCCGAUCGCGAUCCCUACGCCGAUCCCGACAAUCAACGCGAGAGCGUAGCGAGCGAUCCGUUCGAACGUGCGCUCAUCAUCAAUCCCGAAGAAGUGUCCAUCAAGGAAGUGAUACCGCCUUCGAAUUUACCUGAUAUUCCAAGUUUGGUGUAUCAUUCCGACGAAACGAAGUCGUUCGGGAUCGAGACGGCUGGGGAGGGGAAUGGGGAUACCGGUUCUUCACCUGCCUCGGAGCGCUUUCCUACCGGCUCACCAGUUCGGAAACCUUCAUUAAGACGAGGUAUCUCCGUCCCACUCCUAAGCGUCGAUACCGACCCUGCUUCACCAAACCGACCUUACUCAGCUCCACCCACGAAUCAUCAUCGAUUGCUCUUCCCCUUCCCCUUCACCUCCUCCCUCUCACCCAUAUCCUCCGAUUCAGAGGCGCGUUCCCCAACUGAUGCAGCACCAUUACCAUUGACGACGAACUCUCGUCCUACAAGUCGAAAGAGGGGUUCUGAUGGGUCUACGUUGAGCAAGGGCUCGGCUUAUUUGGGAGGGCAAGCUUGGGAGGCCCAGAGGUGGAUCAUCAGGACUGCGACUCAGGGAGCCAAGGGGUUUAGGAGCGCGGCAAGUACGAAAAAGGUUGAUGGUGGUGGUGGUGAUGAGGGUGAAGGGGGAGGGUCGAAGCAGAGUUGGGAAGAUGGGGGGAUGAAGCGACGGAGUUGAAGAGGAGGAUCGAAGAGAGGGAGAGGGUUCGCGAGAGGGAGAAAGAGGAAUGGAGGGUUCUCGCUGAUGGGUUGCAGGAACGCAAAGUUCGCGGAAGCGCGAGCAAGCACGUCGUCCUUCAGGGACGGAGAGGGGUCAGAGUGGAGAGGGAUGAUCGGCUGAGGAGGAAGAGGAGAUGCAUUUGGAUUGGCGUGGUCUUGGGUGUGGUGGCGUUUGUGCUGGUGGGUGCGGGCUGUUUGUUGUGGCAUUUGAGACAGCAGCGGUUGGGUGGGGACAAGUCUUUCGAUCAGGGGACUUCAAAUGGCGCUGGCGAUAUCGUCAUUCCUCCCACUCCACCACCGAACACCAACUCUACCCCACCUAUCCUCCCAGACAUCCACAACUCGACCAACGCAACAAACGACUCCUCCUCCCGUCCACCCCACGUACCCCCCUGCCCACCCCAAGUACCGCCCUGUCCGCCCCGGAACAACGCCGACGUCAAAGGCAUCAAGCCCGGCUCAACGUACGAAAAUUCUUCGGGUGUCCUCAGUGGGCCCAACUCGGCGGACGAGGAGGAAGAUUCGGGCGCGGACACUGGCACGUCCAAGUGGGAGUUGGUCAAGCUGGAGAGUGGGGAUUAUAUGUGUGUUUUAGUGACGGAGGAGGUGGAGCCUGAUGGGACGGGUUAA